AUGGAUCAAUCAAGCCAGCUGUAUCAGAAAGAUACCGUCGACGUGAACGACCAAGCCACCCGCGAUGCGCAAGAUCUCGCCGCACUGGGCCAUGCCCAGACACUUAGUCGCAAGUUCAGUCUCUGGAGCAUGCUUGCUUUGGCCUUUUGCGUGUUAGGAACAUGGUCUACUAUGGCUCAGGAUUUGGCCACUGGCCUCGUCAAUGGCGGCCCUGUAGGUAUCCUCUGGGGCCUCGUCCUUGUGACGGCUUGCAACACCUGUGUUGCCCUUUCGCUGGGUGAACUCGUCAGCAGCAUGCCUACGGCUCUCGGCCAGGCGUAUUGGAUCCAACAUCUGUGGAACACCCCAACCGGCCGGUUCGCGUCUUACAUGUGUGCGUGGAUCAACACCUUUGGAUGGUGGACCUUGGCGGCUUCCCAAAUCGCCUUUAUGACAGAGUUUCUCCUCUCCAUGAAGCUCAUGUUUGAUCCGGAGUGGCCAGGCACCGAAAAAGGGUGGCUUCUCUUUAUUGUCUACGUCGGCAUCACCAUCUUCUUUACCGUCAUCAACUACGUGUCUUGCCGCAAGGAAUGGAUCCUCCCAACUUUUAACAACUUUGUGGGCGUUGGUUUUGCUGGCCUCUUUGUUGCCUUCUCCCUGGCUCUGCUCAUAUCCGUUGGUACAAAGGCAAAUCUCUCGUUCCAGUCGGCAUCAUUUGUGUUUGGGCAGUGGAUCAACCAGACGGGUUGGGGCGACGGCGUUGUGUGGUUCCUCGGCCUGGUGCAGAGUGCUUAUGGCUUGACGGCGUUUGAUUCCGUCAUUCACAUGGUGGAGGAGAUUCCUGCGCCUCGACGCAACGCCCCAAGAACCAUGUAUCUUGCGGUCCUGAUCGGUGCUUUCUCGGGCUUCAUUUUUAUGGUCGUCUGCCUCUUUAGUAUCCAGAGCGUGGAUGGCGUCUUAAAUCCCGCAUCUGGCAAUCCCUUUAUUGAGCUUGUCCAGUCAACCAUUGGGCAAGUUGGCGGAGCCGUCAUGAUUGCCCUGUUCAUUUUCAAUGGCCUGGGUCAGGGCUCCAGCGUGCUCACCUCGGCUUCUCGACUGACGUGGAGUUUUGCGCGAGAUGGCGGGUUUCCCUGGGGCGCCUGGUUCUCUCACGUUGACGAGACUUGGAUGGUUCCUGGCCGCGCCCUGUGGCUACAGUGCGGCAUCAUUUGCCUAGUUGGAAUUCUGUACCUGUUUGCCAGCACCGUCUUGCAGGCUAUUCUCAGCGUCAGCACCAUUGCUCUGACCAUUUCUUAUGCUAUGCCCAUUAUUUCACUCGUGGUGGUUGGCCGCGAUAAGCUGCCUCCUGGCGGAGAAUUCAAGCUUGGCCGGCUUGGUCCCGUCAUCAACUGGGUGUCAAUUAUCUACUGCGCCAUCACAACGGUCUUCUUCUUCUUCCCAACCACACCGAACCCAACAGUCAGUGAAAUGAACUUUGCAAUUGCUGUAUUCGGCGUUAUGCUGGUGCUUUCCAUUGGCUUCUGGUUCGUCCAAGGCCACAGAACAUUCAUGCAGUCAGGGGAGAUGGCCCCAGACAUCCAAGGCAUCUUGUACGCGGAAAACUGCGAGUUGAGCCAAGACGGAUCUUCCAGCGCGGAACCUCGGCCGGACAACAAGAUCAAGGGGCAGACAAGCGAAUUGACCAGCGACUGA